CAACCCAAGGCGCGAGGAAAGAUGGCCGCGCGGUUGAAAGGUUUAGGUUGGGCCACCCGGCCGCUGCUGCCGGUGGUCCAAACUUGGGACUUCCACGCGCGGCGCUGGGUCCGGGCGCUGCGGCGGAGCCCCGUGAGAGCGGUGUUUCCAUCCGGACAGGUGGUGGAACGGAAGCCUGGUGCUGGGAAGCAGCCCCGCACAGCGGCGGCAGAGACCGCUCCCCACGAGCUGCGACGGAAGCCGUCGCUUCAGGUGCUUCCAUCCCAGAAGCCCUGCACCUGGGAAGAUUCGGGGCUUCGCUAUGAUAAAGCUUUACCCGGGGACAGAAGGCUGAGCAGUGUAAUGACAAUUGUUAAGUCCAGGUCAUUUCGGGAAAAGCAUGGGAAGAUCCUACUGGAAGGUCGCAGGCUGAUUGCAGAUGCUCUCAAGGCUGGUGCUGUACCAAAAGUUUUCUUCUUUAGCCGCCUGGAAUACAUAAAGGAGUUACCGGUUGAUAAGUUGAAAGGUGUCAGCCUCAUUAAAGUGAAAUUCGAGGAUAUCACGGUUUGGUCCGACCUAGUAACACCACAAGGAAUAAUGGGGAUUUUUGCCAAACCUGACCACGUUAAGAUGACCUACCCAGAGACUCAGCUUCGCCAUUCGCUGCCCUUAUUGUUGAUUUGUGACAAUCUCCGUGACCCUGGGAACCUGGGGACCAUUCUGAGAUCUGCUGCUGGUGCAGGCUGCCGCAAAGUGUUACUCAUCAAAGGCUGUGUGGAUGCCUGGGAACCCAAAGUUCUACGGGCAGCAAUGGGUGCACAUUUCCAGGUGCCCAUCGUCAGUAAUCUGGACUGGGAAACGGUGCCUGACCACCUGCCCACCGACACCCGCGUCUACGUGGCUGACAACUGUGGUCUUUACGCCCAGGCUCACAUGUCUAAUAAAGCCAUUGAUCACGGCUGGGUAUGUGAUCAACAACUCUCGAAGUUACACAAGUAUGAGGAGGAGGAGGAUCUAGAAGCUGGAGCCAGUAAAGCCUGGCUCCCUGAAGUUGAGGUGCAGAGUUAUGACUUGGACUGGACAGAGGCGCCAGCAGCUGUGGUGAUAGGCGGGGAGACCCACGGCGUGAGCCUGGAGUCCCUGCAAUUGGCCGAGAGCACCGGGGGCAAGAGGCUGUUGAUCCCCGUUGUGCCCGGUGUGGACAGCCUAAACUCGGCUAUGGCUGCAAGCAUCCUGCUUUUUGAAGGGAAAAGGCAACUGCGGGUAAGGGCAGAACACAUGAGCAGGGACAGAAUUUACACUGAGAGGGAUCGUGGAAGUCAGUCCUUGGUUUGAGGUGGUGCCCAGCGCCUGCUGCAUUGUUAAGAGACAGAUAGGCAGGAUCAGCUACUGGGGUUUCCCAGGCCCUUUUCAGGAGGCAAGAGGUGGGCAAGAUGUAAUAUGAUUAUUGGAAAAAUCAGGAUUUCCAUGAAUUUCUGCUUAUCCUCAAAAGUAACAAGGGUGAGAAUUCUUUCUGAGGUCUCCCCCAGCUCCCAAGAGAGCCCAGAGAGCAAGCGUGACUCGUGCCCCAAGUAGUGGCAGAGUUGGAUUGCUUCGGUAUGCUUGACGGGAGGGGGUUUUGCAGGAACAGUCUCUGGCUGGCUGUGCUCUCCCAGGCUGGUGCCCCACUGUGGUCUGGGCCUGCCCAGGGCCUCAUACAGAUGUUUGAUGCAAGUGGCCCACGGAUUGUUCUUGAGACCCUCGAGGCCCCGUCAGCUUUUAGAAGGUAGAAGAGCCCACAGUGUUCAUACAGUACUAAGCCCGCCGAGGCUGGGGCCAUGGUCCUCCAGCUUCACCAGGGUCACGAGGCCUGUCACACCAGCAGGCUAGAUCUGGGAGGCAGCUCAGUACCCCUGGAGUCUGUUGACGUUUGUUCUCUCGGCAUCUUGGAAAAGUGCUAAGAAAACGAGGUCACUGAAAGGAUGAAGCCAGCGUCCUGAAGGCUUGUCCCUGGAUUGUUGUUCCUGCUGAUUUUUGUUAAAAAUAAAGAUCAAUGGGGCACC